AUGUCGAGUUCAAGCAACCACUCAUCAUCCAGACAUAGACCUUCCUUGUCCUCCAGCUCGAUCCCCAUGCCACCACCAGAAUCUCACUCGCCCACGCACCCCACACACUUGAAUCCACCUCAAGAUCUGCUGUCUGUCAACCGUCCAAUGUCAAUGUCAGAGCGACGAAAUUCGCAAUCUCAACUAUCCUCAAGUGCACCCUCAUUUGGAUCUUUUCUGAACGGACAGAAUCCAGUGCACAAUGACCAAUCAUCCAAUCGUAGCAGCACGAGCUCCAACAGACAGGAUAGUAGAAGAAACAGCACAGCUCAGAGAAGGGAAAGUGUCGCCAACUCCCACUCGUCCAUGUUGACGAUUGAAUUUGACGGUGGCAACCAUGUCAUUGUACGCCCCAACCGCAUCGUUCGAGGAAAAGUAGUGUUGAAUCUAUGCGAGCGUAUCCAUGUUAUGAGAAUUAGAAUCAAGUUUCGCGCAGAGGAGGCUGCCAUGGUCAAAGUGGAUGAAGGCGGCGCGGAUGGCAAAGGCGAAUGGGUUCAUGAGAUGAUUACAACCUACUUUGAAACUGAAUGGAAGUUGCAUGGCCAAGAAGUUUCCCCUUAUUCGCAAUGCGCUUGGGACGAAAUCGAGCCUGGGCACUAUGAAUAUCCAUUUGCAUUAAAGUUUCCAAAUGUCAACUAUCCUCCUUCAAUGGAAGAGCCUGCUGGUUUUGGUAUCCGUUAUAUUUGGACAGCACAAGCAGAUGGACCCGCUCUUCAAUCCGGAUUAAAGAGCAGAGAAUACAUUACACCUUAUAGACCCAUCAUUGUAUCGAUUGCGGACAAGGAAUGGGUAUACAAAACGACACUCAUGAAGGACAAGAAACAAGCUUUAGCCGAAGUACAGGCAAAACUAUACAAACAAACCUAUUGCCCGGAUGAACCAUUCAAAAUGCAGCUCAACAUGAUGAUCCUCCAUUCAGACUCAAAGAUUACAAGCCUCGUUUAUCGAUUCCGUAAGCAUCAUGAAGGCAAGAUGCUGGUUCAACAAGGCACAGCAUUCCGAGAGAACAUCAGGACUGUGAUCCAAGAUGCAGUAACACUUCCGUCUACAUCUGAUCUGACUCAACUAUCAGAAACCAUCAAAUUCGAUGUCCCCACUCGACUUGUGUCACCCUCCUUCUUAUCGCGCCAUACUCGAGUUCACUAUGAUCUUUGCUUUCAAGUCACCAUCGAGCAAGGGCAUUUGUUUAAAACAAGCCAUGUCAAUGAAUUCGCUAUUCCUAUCACUAUUGCCAACUUACCCUACGAUCAACUACUUCGCAUCCCAGAUUUAACCGCCAUCCAACAUUAUCGCCAGUCCACUGAAUGUCCUCUGUUCUUUGAUCCAGAGCUAGAGGAGCCUCCAGCGCCUCAGGGACUACCCAGCGAACUGAUUGGACCCUUGACAGCUGCAUUGACGAGUCCAAACUCCUCUGAAGAGCAACCGCCUAGUUAUUUCAGUCUACCCGAAUUACCUCCGCAAUUCGAAUUGAGGAAGGAGAGAAAGGAAAGAACGGUAUUUAUGACAAGGCAAGCUCGUGGUGCUUAUCAUGGUCAGGAACUGGGCGAAGCUACCAUUAUUCCUGGACUGUUUGACGAGGAUUGGUAG